CAGCACUGUCUUGUCUGCCUCGCAUAACAUUUCAUAUGUGUGGUUCUUGCGCGCCGGUGGACGCCCUGCAACGCUUCUCUGUGAUGCGAGCUUCAAUCUUCACCCUGGGCUGACACAUUACGGAUCUCCGUCGAGAGCUGAUGAUCCGGAUUCCAUGCGGGGAAACGCACGGAGAGUAUUUCUUCACAGAGGUGAGUCAGAUUCAGAGGCAAGGGAUCCUCCUCCUCUCUCUCUUUCUCUCUUUACUCUCUCACCGUGUUGGCUUCACGGCGAUGGCGGCACCGGCACAUGCAGACGAAAAGCAAGGCAUGGCAGAGUCCAAGGGAGGUGCGGCGUCUGAGCGCGAGAUGGUCGCAUUUCCGGAGGGCGGAAUGCAAGCCUGGGCCACUGUGUUCGGGGUGUUCAUCAUCCAGUUCUGCGGCUUCGGAUACUCCACCGCGUUUGGUGUGUUCCAAGAUUUUUACGUCCGAGAUUACCUUUCCGAAUCUUCCGCGUCGGCCAUCUCGUGGAUCGGGAGUAUGAAUGGCUUCCUGGGCGUCGCUUCGGGAUUGCUCGCGGGCCCGUUAUACGAUCGCGGUCAUUUUCGUUUGUUGAUCUACUCUGGAUGCGCGCUGCAAGCCGUCAGCAUCUUUUUGCUUUCUGUGUGUCAGAAGCAGCAGCUGUAUCAGAUAUUUUUGACGCAAGGAGUGUUGAACGGCCUGGGGGUGGGGAUCGCGUACAUCCCGUCCGUGGCCGUGAUCUCGCACUACUUCCAGCGGAAGCAGGCGCUGGUGAUGGCCCUCGUAGCCGUCGGAUCGCCCCUCGGUGCGCUCGCACACCCGAUUCUGCUCAACAACACGCUGCACACCUCGCUGGGCUUCGCCAACUCGGUCCGCAUCAGCGCGGGGAUCAACACGUUCCUGCUGCUCGUCGCGUGUGCGCUUGUGCAGCCGCGGCUGAAGGCGAUGCCCGAGGCGGGUAAUGUCCCGAUCUUCAUCGGGCGGAUGAGGAGGGAUUGGGGGUAUGUCUGUGCGACCAUCGCGAUGCCGCUAUUCAGCGUCGCAUUCUGGUAUCCGCUGUUCUUUAUCCAGCUCGACGCCGUCACGCAUGGAAUGAGCCAAAACUUUGCGUUCUACGCCGUGGGUCUCGUUCUCGUCUUCAAGUGUCCCAGGCAUUCACGGCAUUCUCUCCAGCUCGUGAUCUUCAAUGGGGCCGCGUCCGUCGGCCGUCUCGCUGCCGGUCCGCUCGCGAGUUGGAUCGGCAUUCUUGAGAUCGUGACGUUCUCCGCGUUCAUGGGAUCGGUUCUCAUUUUCGGCAUGAUCUCGCUAAAGACCGUGGUGAGCGUGGUGAUGAUCUCGAUCGUCGAUGGGUUCUUUGCCGGGGUCGUGAACGCGCUCCUGCCGCCAAUGCUGGCAUAUCUGACAGAUGAUCCAGCCGAAGUUGGAUUGAGGAUGGGUGUGUCCUUUUCGAUCGAGGGCAUUGCGGAACUCGUCGGUGUCCUCCCAUCAACGGAGCCCUUCUUGGGUCAACACUGGCGGCAUACCAGUGGUGGAAGCCUGCUGUGUUCAGUGGGGCAAAUCACGGGCCUCGCUGGGGCGUUCCUGUUUCUCAUGUCCGUGGUCUUCGACCGGAAGAAACAUCGUCUCCUCAAGUUGGAGAAGUCUCGUCGCUUUGCGCAGGAGAAUAGCACCCGCCCAUUAGAGACGGCGGGCAACGAACAUCAAUUUCCCGUCGAGCGCGAUGGUUUUGGGGCUGUGGGGCAGGCCUGAUCAAAAUCUACGCGCAACAAUUUCGGGUUGGGACUUCUGAAAUGGUUGGUUCAUACGAAACGAACGAACCAAGACCUAGAUCUCUUUUCAUUCCGGGAAUUUCUGUCGAUUGCGGUUUUAUGAUGGAUGUAGAAUUCUCUGGUGUUUCCUGGGGAUGUAUGUUGCUACAUGUAGUAUUCACAAAUUGGUGUAUUCAGGAAAAGCAUCGAACGCGAGCAUUUUCCACGCGUCACAAGUCGUGGAUCAGGCGUGUGACCCUGUUGCCUGCUCAUGUUUUAUGCAGGCAUGCAAUGACGCGUAUCGUUUACAAUUGAAUUGCAAGUCAUCGACGAAAUCACCUACACAGUAGCACGUGAUCGCGUCAUGGCCAAUGCGUGAUCACCUUUGUCCCGCCGUGUUUACACCCUCUCUUUAUACCCCGACAGACGCAAAACCGCGAUGCUCGUCCCGCACAGGCAGCGAUGCUCGCGCAUCUGCUGUCCUCUCACGAGCGGGAAGGUCUGAGCGUUCUAGUCCCCUCGAACGGUCCCAGAAGGACCCGCCUCUAACCCGGGCGAACGACGUACCAGAAAUCCGCCCAGCCGCUCACACAUCUGCCCGACGACCGGCCCCUCGGGCGCCGCGAGGGCGUGGAGGCAUAGGCUUGAAACCUGCGUCGUGGGACCGGGAGGCGCGCAUGUCCUCAUCUCGACCAUCCGUUGCCCUGUCUUCCCGUGGAUCCGUCCUUCGUCGGCCCAGGCCACACUGCUGCUUCGCGCGCACGCACGUGGAUCCGGGUGCAGCUACCUGGGCGUCACAUCUGGCGUCUGUUCUGCGCCCGGAAGACGGCCAGACGUACUCUGCGCUCGCGCGGUGCAGAGGGGAGGAGGUGCUCUCGGCCCGUCGUCGCUCUGACGCGCCGACAUUGGCGCCCGUGCUGUUUACCUCGUGUGCAGUUACGUGGUAGCUUGUCCGGUCGCGGCCCGUAUGCACAGCACAGCACGCUGGGUUGCAGACGGCGGUAUUACUGCGUCGGUGGUGUCCGAGUUGGCGCGGAUGGGGGGCCGAGACGCAACCUGCCUGGCAUGCUGUGCAAGUCCUUUGCGGACUGCGCCGGUGGUGUCGACUUGGGCUCGCGGCGGGAACACGGAUGGGACGGGAUUGGGCGGCGGCGCGUGCCUUCCUUGAGUGCACUUUGCGGUGCGCGGGCUUGCCCCGUGUAACUCGAUUCAGACUACUCUGUGUCUGUCGGUGUUGGGCUUCUAAUUUUUUACUUCUGUCUGGCCUCUUCGGAGGGUCCUGUUUUGCGGUGACCGGGGAGUGUAUGUCGGCCCUCCAUCUUGGUGCAUGUCGGUUCGAUGUUCAGACUGACUGUCGAGUACAUCUUUACCAUGUAGGAGCGGCACGAUACAGAAAAUAUGAUUUUCAUCGCUAAUGUACACGGUUCCUAUGCCCUACUCAACCUCUUUCGAUUUGCCUGUAGCUUCAAAGUAUCUGCGAUUAUCAACGCCUAAAAACGAGCCACACUUUUGCAUUCCACAGUACGCCGUCGAGCUACACAUCAUCCCGGUACCUGGCUAUACCGACUUCCAGCCGCCGUGGUCCUGCACUUCCCACGCAACUCCGCCGCAUUCCACGUCAUUCCGACGAAGACACAGUCUCUGGCUUCGCCCUGCCGCCAGUAUCCGUAUCCUCGGUAGAGUUGUAACCUGCUGGACCGGCCAGCUCCGACUGCGAAUCAUUCCCCGAGUCACGCUCGUCAUUGUAUGAAGCUUCUGGGCUGUCCGGUGAGGAUAGCACAUCGUCGUCCUCCGCGCGCAGAGCAGACGGGGGGAGCUCGACGCCCUCGAAGUUGAGAUGGCGCUCGAGCUCGGCUUGCGACUCGAAGGUGCACGGGGCGCUGGCACGAGCGCAGCGCUUGCACUGGUUGCGGCCGCUGGCGGAGCACCGGGCGACGCGCUCGGCGAUGCAGCGGUCGCACUUGCGUCUUGCGGAGAUCAGAGUAGGAUGCAUUGGUGCAGCGAGGCGCUGAGUGGGAUAUGGGUGGGCGGGGAUGAGCUUGUUAGUCCUGCCGGUGAUUCCUACGCCUUCUCUUAUAUUGCCAUACGGAACCAUUGCCAUCGCCAGCUCUUUGGAAUUGUUUGUGGGAGACAAUAACAGGAAAGGUCCAAGCGGCCGAGAGCACUCAGCGAAACUGGGAGAGGAUUUGGAUGACCAUCACGCAUUGACCUGCCACCGCCUGGACUCCCAAAACAACAGCGCGUGUUAUUGUUAGCCUCCAAGCUCGUGUCCACAGGACACUGCGCUUUGUGUUCAUAAGCAGUAUAUGACUGCAUAUAUGCCUGGAUGUCUUCUUAGAAAUCACCGGCGCCGACUGAAUUGACACUCACCCAUCCCUCUUCAUCCACCUCGUCCCACUCAGCCCAUGUACCGGCCCACCACCACGUUUGCGAAGCAUACGUGUGACCGACAGGGAAGUGCACGUUCAAAGGACGCCGCGAUUGCACGCUAUGCUCUCGCGCAGGCUUGCGCUGUGCGUGGACGCGCCAGCCGGAGGUCGUUGCGUUGCUGGAUGAACCUGCGAAGGGCGAAGCACACAAUCCCAUGGCGUACGCGGGGUCAGCGAAGGGUGUCUUGGGCGGCCGAGACUUGCUCCGUCUUCCACCGACCAAGCUGGACGAGAUUGCAUGGCCUCAGUUGCAGCGGCCAGCAGCCAAGACACCAUUGGAGGGAGGAACGAUGUUGGAGGAGGAGGAGGAGGAUAUGCCCGGCCUGGUUGCGGAUACGAAGUCGGAUACCAGCGAGUCGACGCUCGCGUCAGGAAGCGGAGGAGUCAGAGCUGUUGUAAACUGGCAUCCAGUCUGGGGGUGGGGUAUCGACUGGCACUUCGAUGAGGAGUGACCGUUUCCGCAGAGUGUGCUUCAUCCUGUCCUCGUGACGGCCUGAUAUUUUGGCGCGUAGCGCCACGGACUGGAGACUGUGCAGAUUCACAGGAAAGCAGCCGAAGUUGCAUAAUACCUUCGCCAUCUUCCCUCAUCCAGGGCCGACUCGAUGCCCCAUAUUUACGUACAAGCGUCGACUUCGAGCCGUUAUCGAGCGGCUUAUCGGGGACCCUGAAAGAGCUCAGUGCACGGACAGCUCCCCUCUUCCCAAGCCCCCGUUCCAGAGCAGUGGCAUCCUAUUCGUCUUCCUACAUCAACUGCAGCACAGAGAGAACAAGAACCGACUGUAAUCUCAGGUCGCAGGAGUGGUCCACUGGGGAGGCCGAGACUCCGCGCAUACUUCUUGACGGUUGACGUUUCAUUCCCCGGUGUACCGGUUGUGGUUCGUUGGGAUCCCUCCGCUGCGUCGCUUGGUUCUUCGUGUGAUACGUCAACGAGCAGCCUGCCUCCUUCCGCCCCACCAUGGCGCCUGGGUCGUCGAGCUCUCGCCAACGCUCCUACGAUUACGAUUCACUCGACCCGCACUCUACGGCGCCGACAAUGACCGAGCAUUCCCCACUGCUUCUGUACGACACGACUCUCCUCUCAUACGACACGAAUCCCGCGCGCGGCCAAUCGGUGUCGGACGCCCACGGGCACGGCGGGGACCCAUGCGCGCAGGAUCCUCCCCGACAAAUCACACCAAGCGGCCUUGAUACCAUCAUCACUAAAUAUAUAACUGACCUUCGCCAAUGCAUCCGCUUUCCGGAAACGCUCGUCCUUGCGAACACGGCUAGCACCGCUCGCGACCACCUCGCGUCCGAGCGCACGUUCCUGGCGUACAUCGGCACGGGGCUGAGCAUCGCGUCCGCUGGCGUCGCAUUAGCGCAGCUCGUCUCGAAUUACGUCGAGGAGCUCGGCAUCUCCGGUCCGAAUUUCACGCGCUACAUGAUUGGCCUCGCCGGGAGUGCAGUUGUCCUCGGGCUGGGUGUCAUUUUUCUGGGCUCUAGCCGAUACUUUGCGAUUCAGAGAGCGCUGCUUGAUGGACAAUUCCCUGUGACGCGGUUUUGGAUAGGGGGCAUCGCAUUUCUUCUGGCCAUGUUGAUAUUCAUAGCCUUCACUUUGCUUAUCGUAUCUUGAAUGGAUACAUGCACUCGUUUGUGUGCUUCGGUUGUCUCUCAC